AGACGGGUUUGGGCUCGUUUCUGGGCUAUCUGCAAAAGACUUAUGGUGAGCUGUUUGGGGUCUUGACGUGUGUCUGUUGGGGGGAGUUUUGGGCCUCCAAAUAGGCCUAAAUAAAUGGCCUUUUGCUUAUUUUGUUACGACAUCAAGAUAUCACACUCUAAAACCAUCUUCAUCCUGUGACAACCCAAAUGGCUACUUCUGAGUCCAAAUUGAGCAUGAAGCUAUUGAUUGACACCAAGGCCCGCAAAGUCCUAUUUGCCGAGGCUGAAAAAGGUUGUGUCGAUUUCUUAUUUCACAUUCUGUCAUUGCCAGUGGCCACUGUCAUUAGGCUUCUUAAGAGAAAACGGAUGAGUUAUGGAUGUUUGCCUAAUCUAUAUGACAGCGUAGAAAAUAUGAACGACACCUACAUUCAGUCCAACCAAGGCAAGGAUAUCCUUUUAAAACCUAGCUCUUCAGUUGGCAUAUCUUCAGUUCCGUUUCUAUUACUUAAUGAAGUUCCGGCACAAAGGACAUUUUAUGGAUGUGGUACUCCUAGUUAUAACUGUGGUUCUUCCAAUUCUUAUGUUACUGAUAACCCCAGUGCUAAAUGUCCAAAUUGUCAGAGGCUUAUGUCAAGAAAGUUGACGUAUGUUGCUCCACCGGUAGCCGAUGGAGCUGUGACAGCUACAAAGGGUUUUGUGAAGGAGCUGGUGACCUAUAUGAUUAUGGAUGAUUUAGUUGUUAAGCCCAUGUCCAUUAUCUCUAGCAUUACCCUUCUUAACAAGUUUAAUGUCAAGGAUGUUGGUGCGUUGCAGGAGGAAGUAGUACAUUUUGGAAUGGACGAGGCUGUUGUAUUGCUGAAGGCAUCAUUCGAGUCCAAAACAGUUCUGACAAGUGUUUUUAUGAACCGCAUAAGAGCAUCGAAAUAAUCAGGAGUUGUAAUGGAGUUGGAUGAAGUUUAGUAAUUUUCCUUUUAGUGGUACUUUGUCAAGUUUGAGAUACUUUAUAUCAUCAAAAUGUUAAAAUGAUGUAUGGGGGAGCGAGUCAAGUGCGGAUAGUCUAGCUAACCUAAAAUAAGGCUUGAAGAAAUUAAUGGUUUUUUGUUUUUUAGAACCCCUCCCCUAUAUUAAAAGGGAUAACUU